CCGGGGAACACCACGAUGGUUCCGAGAGGCAUGCCUCUGCAACUUCGCGGUCCUGGCCGGGUUGCCUCAUCCAUUCUGCGAUCAGGGUUCGCGAUGAUAGCAAGCUCAAAGCCGAACCGUUCAAGCUCGGGAUCCACGCCGAUGAAACUCAAUCGCAACCUUGUUCAUGGCCAUCGCCAUUUUUUGACCCAUGAUCAUGGCCUGAUACCGUUCACCCUCGUCGACUUUCACUCGGUAAAGAAGAGACAACAUUCCGCAACUCAACCGGAAAAUAUCUUUGUCGCUGACGACACAUAAGGUUCACGAAUGUGCACUGCGCGUAUCCAUACAUCGACGGGCGUCGAAGCCGAAAGCGCUAAGCAUGCUCCACCCAACCUCCGUGAACUGAUGACACUCGAUAGGCCGGGAACCUAUUACAAGUGCGACCUUGUCUAUUCUUCUCAAGACAUAUGCAGAAGACAUAGAUUCUGGCCUGAUUUGUGAAUAUCGGUCAUGAAUAGCGCUUCCAGAACUACAAUGUUUAGCGGCGGCUCAUUCACAUGCCCGACCCACACAUACUCCCAUUUCUCGCCCGGAAAUUUUUGUCCCCAGGACGCCGACAAUGCUCUGAUGAUUACUGCAGGCCGUCCGCGUAUUUAGGCUAGCGAUCCUGACCAGAAUCCGUCGACACCCCAGCCAGCACUCGAGCUAGUCUGCGUGUCCAUCUCUCUCCCUCCACUGGUCACUAUGGCGCUCUCGUCUUUCAUAUUGCAUUUGGCAUUGCUCGUCGCCAGCUUUCCCUCUUUUGGCGCGGCUAUUGGAUCAACUGUGAGGCUGGAUGCAGGAACGUUCGUCGGCACUCCGCUUGGAAAUAUGACGAGAUUUUUAGGGGUCCCAUAUGCCUUACCUCCAACCGGAAAUCUUCGAUUCCGUUUGCCUGUACCAAAUCUCCCGUACCGUGGCACACACAAUGCCACCCAGUUUGCGCUCGCAUGUCCUCAGCAAUCGUAUUCGCCCACCAUCCCUAACGCAGAGCUGGGAGAGAUCCUCUCUCAACUGCCAGGCGGCGGUACUGCCCCUUCAGGCGAAGACUGUCUCUAUGUCAAUGUAUGGAGUCCUGCGAAUGCUACGUCAUACUCAAAGCUGCCGGUCUUGUUUUGGAUCCACGGAGGCGGAUGGGAGGUCGGAGAGACUUCUUUGUUCGACGGGAGCUACAUCGUCCAGAAGUCUCUCGACAUCGGGACACCCGUAGUAUUCGUUAGCACUGCCUACCGGCUUAAUUCAUUCGGAUUCCUGGCAAGUAAAGAAGUCAAGCGAGCCGGCGUUGGAAACCUUGGAAUGCAGGACCAGCGACAGGCGCUGAGAUGGGUCCAAAAGUACAUCCACGCCUUUGGUGGGGAUCCCAAGAAGGUGACACUUUGGGGUGAGAGCGCAGGAGGCGUCUCGAUUGGAAACCACAUGAUCACCAAUAAUGGAAAUACCGAAGGACUCUUCCGCGCGGGUAUCAUGCAUUCCGGUUCGCCUCAACCCAUGGGCGAUAUCACAAAUGGACAGCCGAUGUAUGACUACAUCGUCGACAAGACUGGCUGCACUGGUGCAAGGGACACUCUACAGUGCUUACGCGAAGUACCUUUCGAGUCAUUGUCUGCCGCGACCAACAGCACACCCUCGCUCUUCAAUUACUCUUCCUUGAACUUGGUCUGGCAGCCUCGUACAGAUGGCGUGUUCUUGAAAGAGAACCCGCAGACACUCAUCGCCAAAGGGGUCGCUGCUAAAUUGCCAUUCAUCAACGGAGACUGCGACGACGAGGGCACUUUGUUCUCUUUGUCUUCUACAAACCUCACCACCGAUCAAGAAACACACGACUAUAUCCAUUCUAAUUACUACUCCAAAGCAUCAAGCAGUGAAAUUACCCAGCUUAUGCAAUAUUAUCCCCCCAAUCCUGUUGUUGGCUCUCCAUUCGACACCGGCGACAACAACACUUUGACGCCUCAAUAUAAGCGCAUCUCUGCCUUGACCGGAGACAUCAUAUUUGAAGCCCCUCGGCGUUUCUUCUUGGAUUACCUAUCAUCUACUCAACCUGCCUGGGCAUUCCAGUACAAGCGUUUCAAAUCGACACCGUAUCUGGGCACUUAUCACCUUUCGGAUCUUUAUGAUAUAUUUGGCCCUCCAGGCGACGACUUCAAAGAGUUGAUUGUUCGCUUCGCCGUCCACCUUGAUCCCAACGGGGGAACCAACGCCACCACCUGGCCAAAGUGGACAAAAGACUCACCGAACCUUCUGACUCUGUUGGACGGGGCGGCUCCCAUUAGCAUCACGCAAGACACGUACAGAUCGGAUGGUAUCGACUACUUGAAGAAUUUGUCGCGCAAAUACCCCUUCUGAUCAUGGACAUUGUAUCUUAUUGACGAAACUUCAUGUUCUGCACUUGCACAUCGACACGUCGCGAGUAUGUAAGCUUGUACAAUAACGAGCACAUUGAACUU